GUAGAAAGCAUUCACACUUCACAUCUGUGAAGUGUAGUAAAACAUACUUUAGUUUAUAGUUAAUUAAAUAAAAUAUUGUCAAAAUGUCUGACGUAAUUAGCAGCUUGCAAUUGCUAUUCGAUCGGCCAAAUGAAUCUCUUAUUACACCAAAAGGAGAAAAGAAAGCUGUUUUUCAGCUAACUGAACAAUUUCUGCCAAAAGAGUACGAGAGCAACGGCCUGGAACUCAACAACCGUUUCGGCGAUGACGCGUCUGAGAAGAUUCCCCUCAAGAACCUGUCCCGCAUCCCCAAGUUCACGAAGGCGCGCCAGCUGCCCGUCGACGCGGACUUCUCGCUGUUCCUGCCCAAGCACCAGCAGAUGGCUGAUGAGGUCAUUGAGGAACUCAUGGCUGUCCCAACCAACCAGUUGCAAGAUUUCCUGUCAACCUGUGCCUUCGCCCGUGUGAACCUGAACCCUCAACUCUUCAACUAUGGCUUCUCUGUGGCUCUGAUGCACAGGCCUGACACCAAGAAUGUACCCAUUCCCAACUUUGCGGAGACUUUCCCAUCGAAGUUCCUGGAUUCGCAAGUGUUCUCGCAGGCUCGCGAGGCCGCUGCUGUCAUCCCACAGGACAUUCCCCGCACGCCGAUUACCAUCCCGAGGGACUACACCGCUACGGACUUAGAAGAGGAACAUCGAUUGGCUUACUUCCGCGAGGAUGUCGGCAUCAAUCUGCACCACUGGCACUGGCAUCUCGUGUACCCGUUCUCAGCCACGGGCCCCAACGCCCGCGCCAUCGUCGCCAAGGACCGCCGCGGGGAACUGUUCUUCUACAUGCACCAGCAGAUCAUUGCUAGAUACAACGGCGAGCGUCUCAACAACUCCCUCAAGCGUGUCAAGAAAUUCGCCAACUGGCGUGAACCAAUCCCCGAAGCAUACUUCCCGAAGCUCGACAGCCUCACCUCCUCGCGAGGCUGGCCGCCGCGGCAGGCCGGCAUGUCGUGGCAGGACCUCAACAGAGCUGCUGAUAACUUGCACGUGUCUAUUAGUGACAUGGAGCGGUGGAGGAGAAAUGUGGAGGAGGCCAUCGCGACCGGACAAGUGCGCUUGCCCAACGGCCAGCAGCAGCCGCUAGACAUCGACACGCUGGGCAACAUGAUGGAGUCGUCGCCGCUGCUGUCGCCCAACCCCGAGCUGUACGGCGCCAUACACAACAACGGACACUCCUUCUCCGCCUACAUGCACGACCCUACGCAUCGGUACCUGGAAUCAUUCGGCGUGAUCGCUGACGAAGCCACCACGAUGCGAGACCCGUUCUUCUACCGCUGGCACGCGUGGGUCGACGACACCUUCCAGAAGCACAAGGAGUCCGCCUACGUGCGCCCCUACACGCGCUCUGAGCUGGAAAACCCAGGCGUGAUGGUGCAGUCCGCCCGCAUCGAGACGACCGGCUCUAACCAGGCGAACACUCUCAACACGUUCUGGAUGCAGAGCGACGUGGACCUGUCCAAGGGGCUGGACUUCUCCAACCGCGGGCCCGUGUACGCGCGCUUUACCCACCUCAACCACCGCCCCUUCAGAUAUGUCAUCAACGUGAACAACGCGGGCAGCGCGCGGCGCGCCACGGUGCGCGUGUUCCUCGCGCCCAAGGUGGACGAGCGCAACCUGCCGUGGUCGCUCAACGACCAGCGCAAGAUGUUCAUCGAGAUGGACCGGUUCGUCGUGCCACUGAACGGCGGCGCCAACACGAUCACCCGUCAAUCCACCGAAUCCUCCGUAACCAUCCCCUUCGAGCAGACCUUCCGCGACCUGAGCGCGCAGGGCAACGACCCGCGGCAGCAGGGGCUCGCCGCCUUCAACUUCUGCGGCUGUGGCUGGCCGCAGCACAUGCUGGUGCCCAAGGGGACCGAGGCCGGCGCGCAGUACCAGCUGUUUGUUAUGUUGUCGAAUUAUGAGCUGGAUCAGGUCGAGCAACCCGACGGCCGCCAGAUCUCGUGCAAGGAAGCAUCAAGCUUCUGCGGGCUCCGCGACCGGCUGUACCCAGACCGACGCCCCAUGGGCUUCCCCUUCGACCGCCCCUCGCGCUCUGUCACCAACAUAGAGGACUUCGUGCUGCCCAACAUGGCGCUGGUGGACGUCACCAUCCGCCUGCAGAAUGUCACUGAACGCAAUCCUAGGAAUGUUCAGCAGUAAUUUGGAUUUUUGGAUAUGGAACCUGGGGGACGCUUUAGCUUGAUAUAAACGUUUUUUUGAAGCGCUACUGUGGUAACUUCGAUUCUAUCUCACUUUGUUUCUGUAAAGCUAGAACCUUCAAAAAUGACUCGCUUUGUAUAUCAAUUAAGGACUCCGUAUGACUCCUGAUGUUAGUCAAUAUUUUAUAUAAAUAUUUGUACUUAAUGUAUUAGUUGUAAAUUAGCAUCCCAAAAAUGAAAGGCUGGUUAAGUUUAGUUUUUAAAUUGUAAAUAAUGUACAUAGUUAUGAUAAGAGUUGCUUUAAGUUUUAAGAAUUGUUAUGUUGACCCACUAAAUUAAGAUAAUAAUAAAUGCAUGAUGAUAA